CUCUCUUUUGGAUCCAUGAACAACUCCGAGAGAUCUUUUUCUGUCUUAAAAGAUACAAGAGCGAAACAAUCAACCUGUCGAUAUUGGAAGUCUGCUCUUCAAACAGAACCUGUUGUUGAGCAAGUGUUCCUUACUCCCAGUCCAAGGUCAAAUGCUGAUUUUGAACAACAGAUGUACAUAUUAAGAAGGGUUUCAAUGGUGGCUAUCCGAGCUGCUUUAAACCUGCAGUAUGGUGGACCAAGGGACUUCUACAUCUGUUCUCUAUCAUCAAGGACGAUUGUUUACAAAGGUCAACUAAAGCCAGAUCAGCUAAAUGGCUACUAUUAUGCAGAUCUUGGUCACGAAAGGUUUACAAGCUACAUGGCCCUGGUCCAUUCUCGGUUUUCAACAAACACUUUUCCGAGAUGGAAUCAUGCUCAACCCAUGCAGAUUUUGGGCCACAAUGGGGAGAUCAACACACCUCGAUGA